GCCACACGCGCUCAGUUUCCCGUGCUAAGAAGAACGUGCCCAGCAACAAGUUGCUUUUUGUGCGAAGUUAACUCACAAAGUUCGCGAGGCAGGAGGUCCAGAAUUAAUUGACUGAAACCAAUUCUUAAGAUUUGGUCCGUCCAUCAUCAUUGAAGCUUCGCACGGAGCCUAGUUAGCUUAGCUUAGCUUGCGAACAAAGAACAACGUGGUUCGACGCUUGAACGUCAAGUUGGAGCCUCCUUAAGUGUGCAAAAUGCCUGCAAGAAGGACGCCAGCCGCAAAGUUCGAGGCGGAACCUUGUGGCGCAAAAGCUCAGCGACGACAACAACUCUCGACUGCUUGCAAAAUGCAAGUAAAAGUUGUUCUUCGCAGACUAGCAGGUUUCAGCAAAUAUCUUGGUCCUGACGCUCAACUGCUAAAGAGUGAAGUACAACUUCCAAUAAAAAAGGAGGAGGUAGAGCUGCCAUACGUUAAAGAGGAGGACGAUAUCACCAUGUCAACUGGUGAGCCCUUGAGUAGUGAGGAUGAUCCGAGUGAGACCAGCAGAGGGAUGGGGCCUCCAAGCAGCAGCUCAACAGAUGGAUCGCAAGCACACAUUUUCAUCGCACCAUCAGAUAGAAACUGUGCCACAUCACACUCACCUUACAAAGAUCGUUGUCAGAAGAAAUCUCACCGUGAUGCCAAACUCUGCAAAUGCUCUCAGUGUGGGAAAACCUUUGCUAAUAACUAUACUUGUCGUAUGCAUAUGAGGAGCCACACUGGUGAAAAACCUUUUGUCUGCUUAGUUUGUGGUCAAAAAUUCACUCAGAAGAGUACCUUAAAAAGACACUCAAGAACCCACACUGGAGAAAAACCGUUUUCCUGCUCAGUUUGUGGUCAAGGAUUCACUUCAAAACAAUACUUAAAAACACACUCAAGAACUCACACUGGAGAAAAACCUUUUGCAUGCUUAGAUUGUGGUCAAAAAUUCAGUCGCAAGGACGUCUUAAUAAGUCACACUAGAUCCCACACUGGUGAAAAACCUUUUUCCUGCUCAGUUUGUGGUAAAAGAUUUGCUCAGAAAGAAACAUUAAACUCACACACAAGAACCCACACCGGAGAAAAACCUUUUUCCUGCUCAGUUUGUGGUAAAAGAUUUGCUCAGAAAGAAACAUUAAACUCACACACAAGAACCCACACCGGAGAAAAACCUUUUUCCUGCUCAGUUUGUGGUAAAAGAUUUGCUCAGAAAGAAACAUUAAACUCACACACAAGAACCCACACUGGCGAAAAACCUUUUUCCUGCUCAGUUUGUGGUAAAAGAUUUGCUCAGAAAGAAACAUUAAACUCACACACAAGAACCCACACCGGAGAAAAACCCUUUUCCUGCUCAGUUUGUGGCCAAAAAUUUAGGCAAAAGACCAACUUAAAAGGACACACAAGAACCCACACCGGAGAAAAGCCUUUUGUCUGCUCAGUUUGUGGUCAAGGAUUCAGUCAUAAGAGUACCUUAAAAGGACACACAAGAACCCACACCGGAGAAAAACCUUUUGUCUGCUCAGUUUGUGGUCAAGGAUUCAGUCAUAAGAGUACCUUAAAAGGACACACAAGAACCCACACCGGAGAAAAGCCUUUUGUCUGCUCAGUUUGUGGCCAAAAAUUUAGGCAAAAGACCAACUUAAAAGGACACACAAGAACCCACACCGGAGAAAAGCCUUUUGUCUGCUCAGUUUGUGGUCAAGGAUUCAGUCAUAAGAGUACCUUAAAAGGACACACAAGAACCCACACCGGAGAAAAACCUUUUUCCUGCUCAGUUUGUGGUCAAGGAUUUGAACACAAGGAUCGGAUUAAGAGUCACGUGUGUGUUGGUGUGAGAAGCAGUGGCCAGUGAAGCUUCUGCCUGUCAUCCACGCUGCCUUCAUGAGAUUGUGCACACAGGACGAUUGUAUUCUGUAGAGCUUCCUCAAAUCCUGUGGAGGAUUGUUUAGAACUAGCCUAAUUAUAAUAUUAUAUUUCAAAACUGCGGUUGUAACUAAAACCGAUACUUCGUCACCAAGUUGCUUAUAAGAUUCAGAAAAUGUGAUGGUACUGCCUUUUCUGCAAUACCCGAAGUAUCGCUGGUACCGACGCGGCAGAUCUGGCUGCUGCUUUUGUGUGGCACACGAGGCUGCACAAGUUGCCCGACAAGCGGUCAAUUUCGAGCAACGGCAACCCACGCUGUGCUAAAGAACGAGAAAAACAGUCAAUGUAUGCAACAUGGCAUUGACAUGUGCAUUUACGUCGUUUUUUAAAUGUUUUUCUCUAUUUUGCUUUUUAUAGUUUAACCGUUUAACACCUAAGCCUUUUUCCCUGAAAUCUGCAUACCUUUGAUGUUGCCUUUAUGUUUCAAAGAAGAAAAAAAUCACAAUUGUCAGAUUGGUUCCCUUUUUUAGGACACCAUAACUUUCAUGUCCAAACUGUUGUUUUCUUCAACGAAUUAUAAUCAACAUUUUGGACCCGAAAAGACAAAAAAAAAAAAUCAAAAUAUUAAAAAAAAAAAAACAUUUGUAAUAUUGACGUCCCAUUGAGAAUCAAACGUGCUCAAAGAAACGUUUUUAAGUGUGAUAUUUAUUCAACUUGUUAGGAUAAACAUUCAACAGAAAAAAACGAGACUGAAUAGUUUCAUAUUUGAUAAUUCAACAAAAAAAAGGCGUUUUUGUCCUUUUUACAUAUUAUGGUCAAAACAGGUUAUAUACAGGAGACCAACAGUGCAAAAGAGUGUAUAGAUAUAUACUGUGUAUAAUAUAUAUUUUAUAAUACAUUAUAUAUUUAUAUAUAAACUACAAUAUAAAAAUUAUUAAAACUUUUCCUCUCAAAGUGCAAAACAGGCCAUAAAAUAAAAACUAUAUACAUUUUCUAGUCUUUGAUUCCUCAGAGGCCUUGGUAGAACCUCUCUGGCUGGAAACACAGGCCCACAUUGCAUGUCUCACACAUCCAGGCAGUGCUCCUCUCCAGAGUUGGCGCUCCAUUCUGGCUCUGUGAUUUCGGUCUAUGACCACACUGGAAUCUCCACAGUCCUCUCCAGGACAUAGAUCAGGUAGAAGAAUAUUACUUAUUUCAUUGUCAUUUCAUAGCACAUACACAGUGUAUCUGUUCCUUAUCACGACACAAAUUGUAGCAAAGUAGUAGCAGGGGUGA